UUUAGCAAGCUAUGACUUUUAUACCACAAUACUAUAGACGAUCAUACAGCCAAGCAAAUGAUAAUGAGAAUGCCAUUGGAUCUGUUAAGAAUAAGACAGAUACAUAUGAAAAAAUCGAGAAAACAUUAGAUUCCAUAUACAACUCUUCAAAGACUUUGCAAAGUUUGAGAUUCAAAGAUACAUGUAGCUUAUACGAUUUAUUACAAAAAAAUGAGGUAGAAUUGAAGAAACUGUAUAGCAAUUCUAAUAAUGGUAUUCUAAAAAGACCGGAAGGUGCUAACAAUAAGUUGGAUGUGGAUGCUGAUAUGGAAGAUGCGAAUAAGGCUGACGAAGAAGAGUCAGUUGCACUCUCACUUUCCAAUGAACAAUUACACAGAAAUAUAACCUUGAAGAAUUUGAGUGAACUUAAAAGCCCACUAACUCUGGGCUUAAUGAAUUUACCAAGUGAUAUUCUCAAAUAUCCUGCCUUGGUGGAAAAUGUGCUCGACAAAGUCAUCAAGCUCAUAUUCGAUCAUGUACCAGUUUGCAGAAGAAAAGAUAACGGGGAAGAAAUAAGGAUAGCCCCAGGUUAUCAGUGGUCUUAUAUGGGUGUUAAAACAACAAACUUGGAAACACAAACAGUGUAUGUAAUCCCGGAUGACGCGAUGAUGGCUUAUUUGUUUGCAAAAAGCAUGGAAUCAUUGGAUUUGGGAGAUCAUGAAAAGAAAUUACAUGUUGUAAGUAGUAAAGAGUUGGACGAAAAAAUAUUUCCAAAGCUGGACGAUUUUUUUGAAGUUGACCUUGAAAGAUUGCAAAGGGUAAUAGAUGAUACAAGAAAACAUGUAGUGGAGAUGAAAAAGAUGGGCAUCAAAGCAAAAGAAAAAGACACACCUGUCGAUGACUAUUUGACCAAGUUCAAACGACUUUCAGAAACUUACCGGGUUGACCCAAAGGAUCUAUCCGAUGUGCCUGCUGACAUGGUGGAUGUUGUUAAGCAAAAUAUUAUUGAUUUUCGGCUACAUGUGUUGACCGAUCUCGAAAAUAAACAAAAUGAAAGGAUGUUAAAGGAUAAGCUUGAAGCUCAGAGACAAAUGGGAGAGUUGCAAAAUGAAAAUACCACUGCUAUUGCAGGCUUUUCUGCAGAUGGAAGGGCUUUUAAUAGAGAGGAAUAUCCAAAUCAUAUCACCAAGCAGGGUAUGUCAGACAUCGAAUUCGAAAGUAUGCUACAAAGUAAAGAAAAGUCGGCUUUGGAAAAGAACUAUUAUAUUAAAUUGGGACAGUACAAGAAGAAAGAAGAUGCACGUUUGAAAAACUAUAUGAAUUUUCAGCUUGUGCACAAGCAUCAUUCAUAUGUAAGUAAAGUCAUCCCUCAAAAUAGGAAACGCUUUUUAGACAACUUUGUUUCUAACGUGAAGGAUGCCAACAAUAAGAUAGAUUUGAACUUCAAUUACUAUACAAAACACGCCAAUUAUGCACAGUACAGAGAGAAGAUAAAGAUGAAUGAGGAGGCAAAGGAUAAGCUGGACAUAGAGGAGGAGGCCAAAGAGAAAUUAUCAGAAGAUCAUACGAACACAAUUGAAUCUGCACCUGACACCGAAGAAAUUUCUGCUAAAGAAGUUAUGGAAGGAGAUAGCCGAAAACUACAAACAACUUUAGCUGAAAAACCUAUAGGAAAAGAAAAGGGAGAAAGCGAAGAAAAGGAAAAAGUCAUGGAGCAAAGUGAUGGUUCAGCUAGCGAGAUGAAUAUUGAUGCUUCUUCAGCACAAACAGAACUUUCGGAUGAGAUUGAUAAUAGGAUAAUCAAUGUUAUCACCCAAAAUACUGGUAAACAGGUGCAACGCACUCAGAUAGAUUUUAUCAGAGAUUUUUUAGAUACGGCAGAGCAUAUUGACAAACGUUCAAAGCUCUUUCGUGAUCUGAAGAAAAAGCUUCAAGAAAAUUUUAAGUUGGAAACCAAAGCUGUGAAUAAAACGGCAGAUGAUAUUUUUCAUCUACAAAAAUAGAUUUUCACCCUUCAUAUUUUCUGCUCGUAGAAAAGCCCCAUUUUUUGUAUCAUAAUAUUAAGAUAUUUGUCUGCUGUUGCUUCUCGUU